UUGUUUUAUCUUUGCAGGAUAGUUCCUUCUUGAACGUAAUGAUCGGGAAAUGCGUAGGAUCCGUUCACCCUUCGUUUUAUUUUUCAUUUGCGUCGUCGGGGCUGAGACGUUAGUGCCUGUUGAAGAAACGGUUCACCAUGUAGUGCAGCCGACGUUGUUGCCAGAUUUCAACACUGUGUCGCGGAAGAGUGAGCAAUUUGAGUAUGAAUCGAGUUCAGCACGGAUUUCGUGUUGGGGCUAUGAACCGAAAUGUGGUGUUGAGGAGAGGUAUUCGCGCCCGGUUUGUGACGGAGACAGCAUGGGGUGGACUCAUGACGAAAAGGAGCAGAUUGAGACCUUUUUCCACCAAGGGGAUUUCGGGUAUGUUGCGGGGAAGAAGAAGACCUUGAAGAUGUAUUGCUCUCCGAGAUCAGACACCAGUUCUGGAAAAUCAACUGUCUGGCUGCAAUGCUCGGACCACAUGCACUUUUGCCGUGGAAACAACCUACGUUUGGAUCUGAAGAAAGUCGCGGAACGGAAAGAGAAUCUCCUCUACAAGAUGGACGUAUUAUCUCGUGGAGACAUCGGAGCAGACUGUUCCUUGGAUACUAAAAGACUUGUGGACAAUUCCGACGAAUUGAGUCCUCUCCAAUCCUGGGGACCCGAGUUCAGAAAUUUUGUGGAGCUGAAUCAUUCGUUGAGCGAAGAGUGUGAUGUUUCAUUUGAAAAAAUGGUUUAUGUGAUGAAACUGGACGCCGAGGUGAACAUGUACCACCAUUUUUGCGACUUUCUCAACUUAUACGCGAGUUUGCACGUGAACUCUGACUGGAAGCUGGGCAACGCGUGGACCAAAGAUGUGCAGGUGAUACUGUGGCAGAGUGUCCCGUAUCGAUCCAAUUUUGGCCUGGCUUGGGAUGCAUUUACCGAUAAUCCUUUGUUGACGCUUUCCGACCUGGCGGGGAAACGGAUUUGCUUUCGUGGAGGAGUCGUUUUCCCGCUUUUGCCCAGAAUGAUCUUUGGUCUGUACUAUAAUACCCCGUUGAUCCCGGGUUGUCAUGCUAGUGGGCUUUUUCGGGCAUUUCGAAAUCACGUCAUGAAGAGGAUUGUGGCGAAUCAGGAUCCAAUAAUCACAGACAAGCCAGUGAGAGUGACUUUCAUGUCCAGAUUAACAAAGCAUCGCCGUAUCAUCAAUGAAGGUGAAUUGAUCGCAGCUUUACGCAGCAUGGGAGACGUGAUACUGUGGCAGAGUGUCCCGUAUCGAUCCAAUUUUGGCCUGGCUUGGGAUGCAUUUACCGAUAAUCCUUUGUUGACGCUUUCCGACCUGGCGGGGAAACGGAUUUGCUUUCGUGGAGGAGUCGUUUUCCCGCUUUUGCCCAGAAUGAUCUUUGGUCUGUACUAUAAUACCCCGUUGAUCCCGGGUUGUCAUGCUAGUGGGCUUUUUCGGGCAUUUCGAAAUCACGUCAUGAAGAGGAUUGUGGCGAAUCAGGAUCCAAUAAUCACAGCGGAGUUCACGUUUCGCACUCCGUUUCGCUCUCAGCUAGAAAUCAUCAGAAACACUGACAUCCUCAUUGGAAUCCACGGAAGUGGAUUAACGCACUGCUUGUUCCUUCCGGACUGGGCAGCUGUUUUUGAAAUUUACAACUGCGGCGACUCUGAUUGUUACUACGACCUGGCCCGUUUACGUGGAGUGAAAUACCGUACUUGGCGAAGUGAUGGUCGUGGAGUGCGCGUGCACGUUUUGCCAGGCGAAAAUGAGGGCCAUGAGAAGUUUACAAAUUACUCGUUUGAUGUUAUGGAAUUCGAGGCAGUUGUUGGCGAGUUGGUGCAGGCUGUGGUUUCUGAUCCUAGAUUCCCGCGUGUGAAGAAAGAAGAACAGAAAGGUCGACCCGAGAAUUACCUUAUGCGAUUACGCUGCAAGUUUGGUUUGCGAGCUGUUUUCUUGGUGCUGAUUGUGAUUAUUGCUGCACUUCAAGUUGUGCAUUUCGCGCUCCUUUCGCGUCUGAACUGUCAGCUUUCCGGGAAAAGUCCGUGUUGCUCGUACGGUUUCGGAUUUAUUCCCUCGCUUCCGGGAUUCAGUGAAAAGAGGCAUGAUGAAUGGACAGUCCUGGAUACCAGUGGAGAAUACUCCAUUCUUCGGAAUGUCUUUGUUGGCUCGGAUAUCAGCUCGGAACUGGAUGCCAGAGACUUGGACGUGACUCUUGUUUCACAAUGUAGUUUGAAUCACGUUCGUCGUGCUCGAGAUCUGGCUGAUAGUUGGAAGGGCCCAGUAUCCCUGGCCUUGUUUCUUCCUAAUCUUUCUUCACUGAAAUUUUCUCUGGCCCUCGUUGACGUGCUGAGACGAUGUUCGCCAUCAGUGGCGUCCAACGUGACUUUCCAUUUCGUCGCCCCGAUGCUCGACGAACUUCGGCCAGAUCAAGAGCCAGAACAGCCGUGCUACUCAUCUUGUGAUCUCUUUGACCAAAAAUCAGACGAAGUUUUGCCCAAUUACGAGCAGAAAGGAGUGGAAUAUCCCGGGAAUUUGCUCCGAAACGUCGCCUUGAGCGGAGUGACGACAGAAAUGUUCCUAGUGAUGGACGCCGACAUGGAGAUCAGCGACGACGCGAGGGAAUCUUGGAUCUAUUUUUCGAGAUCUUCUGGGGUGCAAAAGAAGAAGAAGACAUUGUACGUUUUGCCAGCCUUUGAAAGCAAAGGGAUGCCGCCGAAAACGAAAGAAGAUCUUUUGGCUGCUUGGGCUCUGGGUGAAGCGAGGCCUUUUUACGGGGAGAUCUGUUCCAAAUGCCAGUCCCCGACUGGGUACGAAGAGUGGAUGAAGAGUGAGGAUGAUGAAGAAGUGUUUCCUGUGCAUUACAAAGACCCUUGGGAGCCGUUUUACAUCGGACACGUGGACGUUGUGCCGAGAUACGAUGAGCGGUUUCGACAGUACGGCUUUAACAGGAUCAGUCAGGUAUGUGAGGCUUUUGUUGCCGGAAUGGAAUUCCUCGUGUUCAAGAAAGCAUUUGUCGUGCAUAACGGGUUCAAAACGGCGGCCAGUUUUCAUUCAACGAAAGCGGAAGAGCAGGAAAGAAAUCGGGAAAAAUUUCGGGCAUUCAAAAAAGAAUUGGUUGCGAAGUACCCGAACUCAACUCGUCGUUGCUGACGGACUUUAACCUCGGAGCAAUCAGCUUACAUUGUUAAAGCGGUUUUUUUAUUCACUGUGGAACUAAUCGAAACCUAAUAAAUUUUAUAGCGUUGAAA